CCACAGACGACACGGUUGGAAGAAGAAGACGACAGGCUCGCUCUUCACCUCAGCUGCCACCAAACCCAACGAAACGCCCCCAAAACACGGGCAAAUCCGCCAGCCAGCCAGGCCGCCCACCUUGAUGGACGCCGCCGUGCUGGACGCCUUCUUCGCCGCGCCGCGCCACCAGCUGAUCCGCCCCGCCGCCGCCGGAUGCAGCAGAUCCGCGCGCCUGCUGGCGUGCCGGCCGUGCGCGACCCCGUUCGGCCGCGCCGACUGGCAGACUACCCGCGCCAUCCUCGCCAGCAACACCAGCGGCGACUCUGAUGCCACCAGAGGCCGGCAGCAGAAACAGCCGGCGCCACGGGUGAAUGGGCAGAAGCCGCCGCCUUUGCCGCCCUUGGAGACGGAGAAGUCGCCGGCGCCGGCGGAGCUGGAUCUGGAUCUGGUGCCCCUGUCGAACCUUCCGCGUCCGCUGAGCAUCAGCGAUCUCUCCCCUGCGCCGAUGCACGGGAGCCAGCUGCGGGUCGCGUACCAGGGGGUCCCGGGGGCCUACAGCGAGGCGGCCGCCGCCAAGGCCUACCCGGGUUGCGACGCCAUCCCCUGCGACCAGUUCGAGGUCGCCUUCCAGGCCGUCGAGCUCUGGAUCGCCGACCGCGCCGUGCUUCCCGUCGAGAACUCGCUCGGCGGCAGCAUCCACCGCAACUACGACCUCCUCCUCCGCCACCGCCUCCACAUCGUCGGCGAGGUGCAGCUCCCCGUUCACCACUGCCUCCUCGCGCUCCCGGGGGUGCGCAAGGAGCUGCUCACCCGCGUCAUCUCCCACCCGCAGGCGCUGGCCCAGUGCGAGCUCACUCUCAACGCCAUGGGCCUCAACGUGGCGCGCGAGGCAUUCGACGACACCGCCGGCGCCGCCGAGCACGUCGCCGCGGGCGCGCUCCGCGACACCGCCGCCAUCGCCUCCGCACGCGCCGCCGAGCUCUACGGCCUGCAGAUCCUCGCCGACGGCAUCCAGGACGACGCUGGCAACGUUACCCGCUUCGUCAUGCUCGCCCGGGAGCCCAUCAUCCCGCGCACCGACCGACCCUUCAAGACCAGCAUCGUGUUCGCGCACGACAGGGAUGGCACCUCCAUGCUCUUCAAGGUGCUCUCCGCCUUCGCGUUCAGGGACAUCAGCCUCACCAAGAUCGAGAGCCGGCCGCACCGCCACCGCCCCAUCCGGCUCGUGGACGACGCCAACGUCGGCACGGCCAAGCACUUCGAGUACAUGUUCUACAUCGACUUCCAGGCGUCCAUGGCCGACGUCCGCGCGCAGAACGCGCUCGCCGAGAUCCAGGAGUUCACCUCCUUCCUCAGGGUGCUCGGCAGCUACCCCAUGGACAUGACGCCGUGGGAUGCUGCACCAUCAUCGUCUAGCAUCGCCAAUGGCAUCGACAAUCGGUAACCCAGCAAUGGUGAGGAGCUGAUGAGCUAAGCUAGUCGUCAGGUCAUGUCAAGAUCACCACACUUCACUUUUAAUUAAAUUAGAAGAACCCAAUGUUGUUUGGUUCUUUCCUUUUCCUUUCCUUUGGAGAAGAACCCAAUGUCUUCUCCUGCAUGAUGCUAGCUUUUUCUUUCUUUUCUUGAUUAAAUUCGGGAAAGGGUUGGAGGGAGAAGGGAAAUUGUUCUUGUUUGCUUCUCCUUUGUUACAGGAGAUGUGUACGCUGGCUGCGGAUGUAUGUAUAUUCUUUCUUCUUUAAACCUUGGAACAGAUCGAAUCAAACCAUCAAAAAUCAAUUUCUUUUUCUAGAACAAUAAA